GACACGUUCUAGCCUCAGCCAGUUUCACAGUCGAUUCCGCAAUGGCAACUGAUCUGGUGGACGAUAUAAACGUAGGCCUCCAAGAACUCGCCGAGUUGGAAGCGCAAUAUACUAUUUUUGUUGGAUCUUCGCCUGAAGAUGUUUCAUAUGCGACGACUUUCUGGAAUUCCCUAGCUCUGCAACCGCCGAUAGAAUCGCGAUUGGUGUCAGCAGAUAUCAGUCAGCGACUGAAAGUAGCCAAAGAUCCAUCCAUUAAAACUGCUCCAAGGCCUGGUGCAUCUCGGAAUGAUGCUAUCUUCGAAAAAGUCUCAGAACAGAGGACCGAAGAGGACAGACAAAAGUACAAAGACAUGGCUAAAAGGAGGGAUCAGAUCAUGGUGCUUCUGAAAAAGCAGAGAGAGGAAAGAGUAAAGAGAGAGAUGAUUUCCCGCCCUUUCAAGCCCAAGCAGUGUCGUCAUCAAAGUAACAGGCAUGCUCCAGAUGUCUCUCCACAGGAUCUAGACGAGGACAUACAACAUGUUAGGAGCCUACAGUAGACUAGGAGUUCAGAUUUAUGAAUAGCCAUCAAUGGACACUUAACCCAGAGAUCACUGUGGGAGUGGAAGAAGUCUAAAAAAGGAAGGAAGUGUACUGAAUUGCAUUUUCAAAUGAGUAUUUAUAUUGUAGAUUGAAACAGUGUCAUUUGCUUUAUUGGUGCAUCAAUGUGGACAUACAAAUCUGUCUUCAUGUUCAUUUAGAGCCUAAACUAUAUUGUGUGAAAAUAUUUUAAGUGUGUUCACAUAAUUUAAGCCCAUUUGAGUUCAAAUUCUUGUCUACUCCUCAAAAUGAAAUAAAUCAACU